GGCACAGGAAGAAAGCUAACGUAAGGCAUUUGAGCUUGGCACCGAUGAGGCAGAAAGAGUGAAGCUAGUGUUAAUAAACAACAUAAAAUAACUGGGUGUAUGGCAGACAGACAGUGCUCAGGGUGAGAGCUGUGCCUGUACUGAAGUGUCCCAUUGAGCUUGCUGAAGUGGACUUAUCUCCUACCAUCCCUUCUCGCAUCUCACUCUUUCCUGGAUCCAGACAGGGCUGAGAGUCACACUCAUCCAGCCCUCCUCACACCAGAGAGGCCUCUCUCUUCUGGGCUCAGUCCCACACUAGACCCCCUCAACUAUACAUCUUCCUUACAGUUGGCAGAGUGUUGCAUGAUACACAAGAUCAUGACUCGGAGAACAAAGGAACAUGGACACAAGGAUGCAUAAAGGAUGGAUGCUGUUCACCCUUUUGAAACACUGCAUGGCAACGGUGAUCAUGAUGGCGUUGAUGUCACCUCCUGGGUGUCGGUGUGUCCAAGAGGUCUCUGGAAAGUCCAGCAAAAGCUGACACACAAAGGGAGUCGACAGACUGUUUCUAAUUCUGGAGAUGAUGCAUCAUGUUCAUCCAGUUACUGUCCAAGGUUGGGUUCCCUGUGUCAAGUCCGAGUGCGGCUCAAAGCUAACAUGGAUAAAGCAGAGAGUUUAGUAUCUGAAAAGAGAAAUGAAAAGCUGCCAGUCCAACCUGACCAAUCAGUGACUGAGGUUACAGAGGCCGCAGCCUUCCCAAGGUGUCAGGACUCUGUGCUGCAGGUCCCACUGGGGGACUGGACAACACUGAGGCUAGGCGAGGGUCAGUGCGAUGUCACAGAAGCAUGUGUGGAGGGGAUGAGAGCAAGAGAGAAAUGUGAGAUACUGAUUUCUCCUGUGGGAAAUGGACCAGAUGUCUCAGUUCCCCAUCCUGAUGAGGAAAACCUGCCUUUAUGUGCCACAAUUGAACUCAAAUCUUUCACACCAGGCAAGGAAUCCUGGGAGAUGUCUCCUGGUGACAAGUGGCAGUGGGUGAAGUCACACAAAGAGAGGGGAGGAGUACGAUUCAGGAGUGGGGAUGUGUGGGGAGCAGCAGACAGCUACAGCCGGGCCCUCAAACUUCUCAUCACUCUCCAUAGCCAUUUUAGAGAGCUGGAGAAAAAAGGACAAGAGCAAGAAGCAGAGGAGCUGAGAGACACAAACAGUGGUGAUAAAACAAAACAACUUCCUUCAGCUAAUGAGUUUAAAACCAUUAAAUCAGAGCUCUACUCAAACAUGUCCUUGUGCCAGCUCAAACUGAAACAACCAGAGCGGGCUAAGGCCAGUGCGGCUAAAGCUACUCAGCUGGAACUGGGUGGGGCUAAAGCCUGGUACCGGAUGGGCCAAGCCUGCCAGAUGUUGAAUGAGCUGGAGGAAGCUGGGCAGGCGUUUAGGAAACUGCUGGAGCUACAGCCAGAAUCACCUGCUGCUUUGAAGGCACUUAAAGACAUAGCAAGUAAAGAGAAAGAGAGAAAUGCACAGUUGGGACUUAGACUCAGCAAAAUGUUCAGCUGAAGAUUAAAUAUCAGUUUAUUAUAGAAUGUUAUCUGUAGAAUGGUAUGUUUCUUCUCAUGACAUGAGUCACUGUUAAAUGGAAGCGCAUCUACAGCCACUGCCUGACCUCAAAAGUAAAGCCAUUAAUUAGUGAAUGCAUGUUUUUUCCCAACUCUAUGCUGUUUGUGUUUGUGUGAUGCCUGAAUGUAACUUCAAAGUAAAAACCACAUGUCAAAAACUUA